AUGAUGUUCCAAUACUCAGCUGAGCAAAAUUGUACUAACAAUGACUUUGAUACCCAAAAUCCAGCGGUUGACUUUAAUAAUGUAUGCAAACCAGUGGCCUUGGACCAUUGGUUCUCAAUGUCGAUGUUAGAUGAAACAUCUGCUACAUCACCCAUCACAGAGGAAGCAAAUGCCAAAUCGGAAUCUGGGUAUUUCACAUCGUUUUUCUUCGACUAUCAUCAUGAACUGCAGGUACGGCAAAAGCAUCUGAUGCAAAAACUUCAGCAGUUGCAACUGCUGGAGCAAUUGAUGCAAUCAAACAAUAAUGUGCCUGUCCCCGGUGAAAACCAAGGCUCUGUGACACAACUAUCCGAGACGGCCAGCGAUUGCAACGAUGUAGCAUAUUCUAGCACAAAUACUGAAGCAACCUCGUCGAGUUCAGAUUUUAGUAGUUGGAUGCUAGAAAAUAAUCGGGAUGCUUCGUCGUCUUCAACGUCAUUUGGCACUGACUUAGCGGUUGAUGGUGCCAAUUAUACCGGGGCUCAGCUUACAAAUGAAGUUAAUCCUGUCAUACAGUUAGGAACCGUAAACCAUAAUCCCCUAGACGAGAUUCCAAGGACAAGACCUCACUCAAUCUCACCUACUAAUGCGGGGAAUGUAUCUUCUAGAGCAUUAUCCAACGGUUCUAACGGUAAAAGCCGGAAUUUGCACCGCUAUAUCUGUCCGGACUGUGGAAAGGGAUUUGCCAGGGCGUCUUCGUUACGGACACAUAGAAAUAUUCACACUGGUGAUAGACCUUUUACAUGUCCAUUUAAAAGCUGUGGCAAAUCUUUCAACGCUAGGUCUAAUAUGCUAAGGCAUCAUAAAUUGCAUUUUAAGACCGACUGUGGUUUAUACAUGCUUCCUAAUGGAGAAACGACUAGUGUCAAGCCUUCCAGCAGGAAGUUAUUUGCGCUCAGCAAGCAGCAGCACCAGCAAUUCACUGCAUGCCAGCAGACUAUAUAA